AUGCCGAUCAUGGCGCCUCUACCUGUGGGUUCCUCUCCGCACCCGCACGACGUGUCCCGCAGACUCGGGCCCCUCACCAACACAUCCCUGGCCUCUUCCACGCAGGCAACCCCCACUCACGAGGACAGUGGCGGUGAUGGAAACGAGGUGAUGAUCUAUACCCUCGACGACGCCGACGACGAGAGUCAGGGCCAUAUCGACACAUUAAACGAUGGGGAGAGUGAAGACGGGGGACAGGAAGAGGACGAUAAUGACGACGCCGAUGAUGCCUACGACGAAGAGGACGAAGAGAGCUUAUACGACCCGGCGUACCAUAACUGCCCCAUCCAUUAUCAGCAAUCCCUCGUUCACCACGAAUCCCUCUACUACCAAGACCCGGAUACCUACCUCUCGGACGACGAGGUAAUGUCCGAUGACGCUGGCGCACCAUUGACGGACCAUGUGGCUACCCAGCACCCCGCCGAUAACAUGGAUGUGGAUGUACCCGCAGAGGUCGAGUUUCCAUGGGACGACGACGACGACGGCAGCAAUCCGGAGUUUGAUAUCAUGACCCCCAAUCCGGACAUGGUCGCCGACGCGCAAGCGGCGGCAAUGGAAGUCCAUACUCAAGCCACCGCCAUUCUGAACACAGCGCCGUUUGUCGGCCUUACCUGGGAACAAUUUCCACCAGGAGCCACCUGGACACACGCUUUUUCUGUUCCAAAUUCGAAUCCUGCUACCAUCGGGCCGUCAAAUUAUGGCCUAGCCGAUUUCCUUCACCACUGGGCACGUCACAGCCGAACUUUUCCAGGCACGGCUCGGGGGGGUUGUCCCUGGCCGGCCAGCGUCAACGCACUCCAAUCCUCCGGAGAUGAAUUAAUCAAGUAUGACGAUCUGGAAGGGGACCGGUGCGAUUUCCAGGGGGUUGACUGGGAGGACAUCGGGGUCGCAAGGAAGGAUGCCCGAGAGCGCCGGUUCCUGACAUACAGCAACUACGUGAACAAACCAGGUUCGGAUAAGUGGACGCCGAACCUCCCAGACGCUGUUCUCCCACGUAAUGAGAGCUUCUUUCGGUUUCGUCGCAUGGACAUCAAGCGGAACAUCCACUUGUCGCACUUCCAGCUGCGCAACGUGUUUGCAAGCACUUCGCGUUCACGCGUCUUUUAUCCCGCCCUCGGCACCAUCCAGCAGUUCAAUCCCAUGUCCGGCCAUGGCCGCGCUAUCAUGGAACUCAGCGACGCGCCUGCUUCCCAAGUGUCGACGUUGGCCGCUGGUCAGGGCGUUCUAGUCGCGGGUGGCUUUAGUGGUGAAUACAUGCUUCGCCAUUUGGACUCGUGUGAACCAGAAAGCACGGCUUGUCACGAAGGUGUCAUCACCAGCAGCAUCAGCGGUAUCACGAACCACGUCGCCGUCCACCAGGCGCGGAUUUCCUCCGCCCCGCGGGCGGACUUUGCAUCCAACGACAACUGCUUCCGUGUCUUGGAUCUUACCACCGAGACCUGGGUGUCGGAGGAGACGCAUGACUUCGCGCCCAACUGUGCCGCCCUGUCGCCCGACGGACGGCUCCGCGUCAUGGUAGGGGACAGUCUCGACGUCAUCAUUACGGCCGCCGAGUCGUCGCGCCCAAAGGGCGAACCAGACGUUCUGCAAAGGUUAUCCGGCCACCGCGACUUCGGUUUUGCUUGCGACUGGGCCGACGACGGAUGGACUAUCGCCACGGCGUUCCAGGACAAGACUGUCAAGAUAUGGGAUGCCCGUCGGUUUACCGACAGCGCCGGCAAUGCCGCGCCGGUCUGUACCAUACGCAGCGAGAUGGCCGGCGCGCGGAGUGUGCGCUUCUCGCCCAUCGGCAGCGGGAAGCGGGUCCUCGUCGCCGUUGAAGAGGCCGACUUCAUCAACAUUAUCGAUGCCCAGACCUUCCGUUCCAAGCAGACGGUCGACGUCUUUGGCGAACUCGGCGGCAUCUCGUUUGAGAACGGCGGCCAGGAUCUCAUGGUGCUGUGCUGCGAUCGUUCUCGCGGGGGGAUUCUGCAGCUGGAGAGGUGCGACCAGGGAGGCGAUCCUACGUGGAAUUCGGGUGGUGAACUGGUUACUGAUGACUGGCCGCGGUCAAUAUUCACCAAACAUAAGCAUACGAACAGGAGCCGGCGACGCAUCGCUGCUUAUACAGACAUGGAUCCGUUUUGA